UUCUCCUCCAAACAUGGCGCCGGCUCGCUGCUGGGCUGCCUCCCCGACCGACGACGCAGAAAAGCAGAGAAAGAAGCGCAGAAGCAGCGGGUAGAAACUUUCCUUUAACGUUUUCAGAAUCUGUUUUUAACUUUCCCCGCGGCGCUCCCGCUGUUUGGAGAAAUCCACGGCUGACUUUUACGCGCAGCCUGCUUGUUUGGAGACGUUGGCGCGUCAGGGUGUGUGCGUAACGCGGAUCUCACCUGUCCGACGAAGGUAGAUUUCACUCCGCUUGCUGUAGGAUGUGAAUCUUCCUGAUUUGCCCGCUUACGGAGCGCAGAGGCGAACAUCUGCGGGGAAAACAUGCGCAGCCCUGUGAGGAGCAGCACCGCAGGCGCAGCUGAGGACUGAGACUUUCCACGGAGGAAAAACAAGUUUUCCACUCUUCAGGAUGGAUGGAGAACAUUCUGCUCUGUCAGGAGUUGAGAGGGAAAGAGAAAGGCUGCCACCCAUCUACACCAGCUCUCCUCCUGUUUUGGGACGAGGACCUAAGCAGCCGUUUCCGUCUCUGGGAACCUUCAUCUCCACCCUAAGCCAGAGGAGAGACGCAGGAGGGCGGGGCUUCGCCAUGGGCAUCGGGGGCCCACUGACCGGCCCCCUGGGGAUCAGGCACUCCGUGAGGGAACUGCCUCCCAUCUGCAGCGACGUCCGGCAGAAGCAGCGGCUCUCCAUCGACACGCUGCCUCAGGAAGUCAAAGCUCCGUUCCCCUGCGACCCCGUCAUCCCCCUGCGGACCAAAACCACCAAGGAGUUCCAGGAGGACGUGGAGCGAGCCGCCCAAUCAGGUGACUGGAGGGAAGUCAGAGAGUUUUACCUGACGACCUUCGACUCCUUCGUAGAAAUCAAUGCCGCCUUCAAGCGAGAGGCCAACGGACUGUUCAACACUAUCGAGGACUCAGGGGUCAACGGGAAGUUCGUCAGCGCGGUUUACGACUCGCUGCUCAGCACACCUCAGGACAUCCAGAAGUCGGUCUUGAAAGGAAUCAUCAACAGCCUGCUGAGGGAGUGGAAAGGGCCUCGGACUAAAGACGACCUGCGGGCGUAUUUCGUUCUGAUCCAGAACCCCCAGUAUUCCAGCACCAGCACCUACGUGAUCUUCGCUCACCUGCUGCGGCAGAUCGCAGCGUUGUCCGAGGCCGACCACCACUUCCUGGUUCACUGGCUCAAGAGGCUGUCGGCCAGGCGCUUCCGGCAGCUGGUGGAGCGCCUCCUGCAGUUCAUCUCCGCGCGCCUGUUUCCUGCAGAACCAGACGAGCUUCCUCCGGCCAAGUGUUCCUGGUGGAUUCCCUCGGCCACCAAAGUGCUCAGCCUGUUCAACGCACCCAACAGCGUCUCCUCUCCUCCCAUCAUGCCCUACGACUUCUACAACAUCACUCUGGAGCACAUAGAUUUCAUGGAGGACUACCGGACCUGGCAGAACUACGGCAACUCAAACAGGUUUUCUUUUUGUCAGUUCCCCUUCAUCCUGUCGACAGUGGUGAAGAAAGCCAUCAUCCAGAAGGACUCGGAGCAGCAGAUGAUCAGCCAGGCCAGGCUGAGCCUGGUGAGCAAAGUGUCCCGCAGGCAGAGGGUGGACAUGAACCUGCUGUUCCUCAACAUUAAAGUUCGACGAGCACAACUCCUGAGCGACUCGCUGGAUGAGUUGAUGAGGAAACGGUGCGACCUGAAGAAGAAGCUGCGGGUGACGUUUGUCGGGGAGGCGGGGCUUGACAUGGGCGGUCUGACCAAGGAGUGGUUCCUGCUGCUGGUUCGUCAGAUCUUCCACACCGACUACGGGAUGUUUUCCUUCAUGAAGGACUCGCGCUGCCACUGGUUCAGCAUGAAGAGCGACAACUACUCUGAGUUCCAGAUGGUUGGGACUCUGAUGGGCUUAGCGGUUUACAACAGCAUUGCUCUGGACAUCCACUUCCCUCUCUACUGCUACAGGAAGCUGCUCACUCCGCCCACUGUGCCACCUGAUCCUAAUGCCUUUGUUGGCAUGGCAACGGCCACCUUGGACGACCUGCAGCAGGUCAUGCCUGAUCUGGCUCACGGGUUGGCGGAGCUGCUGAGCUACGAGGGAAACGUGGAGGAGGAUUUCUACCUCACCUUCCAGGUUUUCCAAGAGGAGCUGGGUGUAGUCAAAUCCUACAACCUGAAACCCGGAGGAGACAAAAUCCCCGUCACCAAGCAGAACAGGAAGGAGUACGUCCAGCUCUACAUCGACUUCCUGCUGAAUAAAUCCAUUUACAAACAGUUUGCUGCCUUCUACCACGGCUUCCACAGCGUGUGCGCCUCCGACGCCCUCAUGCUGCUGCGGCCGGAGGAGGUGGAGAUGCUGGUGUGCGGCAGUCCGGAGCUGGACAUGAGCGCCCUGCAGAAAGCUGCUCAGUACGAAGGCUACAGCAAGAUGGACGCCACUGUGAGGUUCUUCUGGGACGUGGUUCUGGCGUUCCCUCUGGAGCUGCAGAAGAAACUGCUGCACUUCGCCACCGGCAGCGACCGCGUUCCCAUCGGGGGAAUGGCCGACCUCAACUUCAAGAUCUGCAAGAUCGACGUUCCGGCAGACUGGCUGCCCAUCUCUCACACCUGCUUCAACCAGAUCUGUUUGCCUCCGUAUCGAACGCGGAAGGAGCUCAACAAACUCACCAUCACCAUCUCCAACGCCGAAGGCUUCGGCCUGGAGUGAAGGCCAACAGCACACCAGCAGAGACUGUCACACUGCCGUGGAUCUCUGUGGAUCUCUGUGGAUCUCUGUGGAUCAGGAACUGAGCAGGUCCCAUUGUCU